AUGCUGAACUCCGCCACGCGCAACCACUCUGCUGAUCGAGUACCCCAAAGAGCGAACAAGGAGUCGAGGCCCGACAGAGACCAUGGACAUCACCAGAACAGGAGCCAUCCCUCUUCGUUCAAGGACAACAGCGGCUCUACCUUCCUUGGUAAUUUGAAGAACUCUGGAUCACGAGCAGCUGAUAUAUUCUCCAAUCGAUUCUUUGGCAAUAAAUCAGGCCGGAGUGCGAGCACGACUGAGAGGGAGCAUGCCGUGGACGAUGAGCACUAUCAGCUGAAGGUGCUCAACCUACCCCUAGUUGAACAGGCUCGUAAGACCAGGAUAUCAAAGAGACUCGAGGAUGCCAGAGACAAAACCGAGUUCUGGAUGCCCGCGUUCCCCUGGCGCGCCAUUGACUACCUGAACUACAAGGGAAGUGAUGUAGAAGGUCUGUAUCGUGUACCAGGAAGUGGACCACAGAUCAAAAAGUGGCAGAGGAAGUUCGAUGAACAAGGCGAUGUCGACCUUUUUGCGCAAGAAGACCUCUAUGAUAUCAACAUUAUUGGUUCCAUGCUCAAGGCUUGGCUUCGUGAGCUUCCCGACGAACUCUUCCCCAAAGAAGCGCAGGAACGUAUCGCUCGCGAGUGUGCUGGUGCCGACGCGGUCCCUCAGCUACUUAUUGAAGAGCUGUCGAACUUGCAGCCUUAUAACUAUUACCUGCUAUUCGCCAUCACCUGCCACCUGAGCCUACUGCUGGCUCACUCGGAAAAGAACCGUAUGGAUUUCAGGAAUCUCUGCAUCUGCUUCCAGCCCUGCUUGAAGAUCGAUGCUUUCUGCUUCAGGUUCCUAGUCUGCGACUGGAGAGACUGCUGGAAAGGCUGCAAGAACGAGGGCAAGUUCAUCGAGGAGGAAUAUGCCAUGAUGCAAGAACCGCCACCACCUAUUACGCUUAACGCUGGCCAGCAAGCCGCCCAAGACCCCCAUGUCAACGGCGGCCAUGUCGGUCCUGGCAAUGCAGAUGCCAGUAUUGCUCGAGGUGACCCGGUUUACUAUCAUGAUGAGCGUUACCUAUCAUCUUCGGACAGCUCACAUCCGGCAAUGCAGAUGCAGAGCCACGAGCAAAAGCAGAAUGGGAAAACACGAAAGAAGCCUACAGGUCCGGAUGGCAGCAUCAACUCGAUAUCCACGGGCCUAACGGUCGCGUCGCACGACACGCCCUCGAAAUCCAACGAACUUCGCCCGCUCUCGCCCAUCAAGCCACUUUCACCGCUAAACUUUUAG